AUGGAUACUGAAUUUAAUGAAACAUAUAUUACUCUUGAUGGCUAUGUAGAAUUGCAUCAAUAUAAACAUGUUUAUUUUCUUAUCAUAUUCAUAGCCUAUGUUCUAAUAAUCUGCAGUAAUUUCACCAUUGUCUGUGUUAUCUGGAUGCACAAACACCUCCAUAAGCCUAUGUACAUUUUUAUCGCUGCAUUGCUGCUUAACUCUGUUCUUUUCAGUACUGUCAUCUACCCAAAGCUCCUAACUGAUUUUUUAUCUGAAAACCAAAUAAUAUCUGAAUUGCGAUGUCGGUUUCAGGGUUUUAUGUAUUACUCUUUAGGAGGUUCAGAAUUCAUGCUGUUGGCCGUCAUGGCUUAUGAUAGGUAUGUGUGUAUUUGUAAACCUCUGCAAUAUGCAACUAUCAUGACAAAAACUAACAUUAUUGUCAGUUUGGUUUUAGCAUGGUUGAUACCUGCAGGUCAUCUGGUUGGAUCACUUGUAAUGACUAUGAACUGGAAACUCUGUAGGUUCACCUUAAAUGGAAUUUUCUGUAAUAAUGCAAUUUUCAGUCUUUUCUGUGUAAACUCAAGGGCACAGUAUAUAUUUGGUGUUAUAAUUCUAAUUAAUGUUACAUUUAUUCCUAUGCUCUUCAUCGUGUUCACAUACAUAAAGAUACUCAUAAUAUCAUUUCGAAGUAGCAAACAAGUUCAGAUGAAAGCAACACAGACCUGUUUACCACACCUGCUUGUUUUAAUCACUUUUAGCUGUUUAUGUGCAUUUGAUGUGAUAAUAAUAAGAAUAGAAUACAAUUUCCCUAAGACUGUUAAAUUAGUAUUGAUUUUACAGUUAGUUCUGUAUCAUCCUUUGUUUAAUCCAAUAAUAUAUGGACUUAAAAUGAAGGAAAUAAAAGAACUUCUGAAGAGAAUGUUCUGUCCAGCCAAACUGAAUUUAUGUAGCAAAGCGGGUGCAUAA